CUGAACUCCUGCUGACUUCAUAGUAAUCUGCCAUGGCGAUUCGCUCACUUCUCACCCAUCUUCAGCUACUAAGUUCUCGUGAAGUGGGCACCAAUGGGGUUGCAAAAGGAUUCAACUUUCUAAGGGGCAUUUCAUCGAACACCUUAUCGGCAUUUCCAUCCCAACCCUCUAAGGAGACUAACAACAUCGACCUUGUAAACCAGUUACUUUUCCUUAAGUAUCCUCGACGAAGCGCGACGAAUGUGCUUCAAAAUUGGGUCAGCGAAGGCCGGAAAGUCUCCAUUUACGAUCUUCGACAUAUCUCUAAACAACUCGUAAGACAUGGGCGUUACAAACACGCUCUUGAGGUAAUGAAGUGGAUGGAAGAUCAAGAACAUUUCAAGAUUUCAGAAGCUGAUCAUGCUCUCAGGUUAGAAUUAACCAUCAGAUUGAAUACUUUAAAAGAAGCAGAAGAUUAUUUUGCACAAAUACCCACCAUUGCUUCACAAAGAGCUUCAUAUCUCCAUCUUCUAAACUCAUAUGUUAAAGAAAAAGCCACCGAAAAAGCCGAAUCUUUAAUGACCAAAAUGAAUAGCUUUGGUGCCAAUGUAACUCCACAUCCAUUUAAUGCAAUGAUGAAGCUUUACAUUGCCACAUGUCAAUUUGAGUUGGUAUUAUCCAUCAUAUCCCAAAUGAAGCAAAACAAAGUACCCAAAAAUGUGCUUUCUUAUAAUCUUUGGAUGAGUGCGUGUAACGAGGUUUAUGGGGUCGAAUAUGUCGAAAUGGUUCACAAAGAAAUGGUUAACGAUAAGCACGUUAAAGUUGGAUGGAGCUCUCUUUGUACUUUAGCUAAUAUCUACAUGAAAUCGGGACUUGUUGAGAAGGCAACUUUGGCACUCAGAAACGCAGAGGAUAAGCUGUCAUUUAAUAACCAUUUUGGGUUCUUUUUUCUCAUUACGAACUACGCUUCUUUGAAAAACAAAGAUGGGGUUCUUCGUGUUUGGGAAUCUUGCAAAAGGGUAGACGGGAAACUCACGUGUGCAAACUAUAUGUGUAUGGUGCUAUCUUUAGUCAAAAUUGGGGAUGUUAAAGAAGCCGAGAAGGUUUUCAUGGAAUGGGAGUCGCAGUGUAGGAGAUACGAUAUCCGGGUGUCUAAUAUCCUUCUUGGUGCUUAUGUUAGAGACGGGUUGAUGGAAAAAGCCCAGAAAUUUCAUCUACACACGUUGGAAAAAGGCGGGUGUCCAAAUUUCAAGACUUGGGAGAUAUUGAUGGAAGGAUAUGUUAGAAGCCAAAAGAUGAAAAAAGCGAUUGUUGCAAUGAAGGAAAUCUUUAAGAUGUUGAAGCAUACCGAAUGGAGGCCUUCGCCUACAAUUAUCGAGUCUGUUUUGGGGUAUUUUGAGGAAAGUGGGAAUUUGGAAGAGGCAAAGAGUUAUUUGAAGGUUCUUAGGGAUUUCAAUCUUGCUAGUUUGAAUGUUUAUCGAUCGUUAAUCAAGAUGUAUGUAACGAAAAGAGAACCAACGGAUGAGAUUCUUGAAUUGAUGGAGGAGGAUAAGAUCGAUAUGGAUAGCGAAACUAUGAAUCUUGUUCGUGGUUUACAAGCGUAAGCCAUAGCAAAAAUGGUGGAUUCGUGUUAAGAUGCUUAAAAAGAGAAGAAGGAAUUUAUAGUUUUAGAAGCAUGGAAGAUUGGGGAAAGAAUUGGGAGGUUGUGAAGAGAAGAGUUUGAGAUACAGGUAUUAUCACUAUAGCAAAAUUAGGUUUAUACUUAAUAGGACGUUGAAAAUAAUUAAGUGUCUUAAUAGACUGUUUCAUAGGACUUAAGUUUAUAGAACCAAACAAUAAAGCGUCAUAUCUAAAAGAGCUAUAAUAAGUUUAUUGAAUGUUUUUGGAUGUUUUAAAAAGUUUUUUUAGGACAUUUUCAAAUUAAAGUGUCAUAUUUGCUUAUUUUAUAUGACAUUAUUCGAAAAGGGGUCUUAUAAAUACAAGUACCCUAUAAAAUGAUGACAUACAAAUAGUUAAUACGACAAUUUAUUUUAGGAGUGUCAUUAAAAAGAACAUGUUAAAACGCCUAGAAGCAUACUAUAAACUUAUUGUAACACUUUAUUGUUUGGUCCUAUAAAGCAUUCGAUUAAGACACUUAGAUGUUUUUAACGUUCUAUAAAUCCGAUUUUGUUAUAGUGUCUCUUUUGUUAGUUCAUUUUUUCAACUUUUUUUAACUAGGUGUUUAGUUUUAAUUGGCAGGUUGUAAAGAGAAGGCUUGUGUCGUUUAAUUCUUGUAAAGGUCUUAUUAUCUUAAUGAAAAU